AUGAGCUCGGUCGAGCCUACAGAUGAUGAAGAUGACGAUGCCCCAGCCGGGCUGAUUGCCGCGCGGGUUCCGGUCGGGCCCCUGGCCAGCCUCCAUCCCAAAAGACGAGUGCUCAGAGCACUCGGCCUACGCGACCCGAACCUACACGCACGCAAGUCGGAAUUCAAGUGGGGAGCUCAUCUCGGCAGCGGAACUUACGGCGAAGUCAGCCAGUGCACCUGGCUGACCAAGAACCCGCCCCAGGAGGUGGCCAUCAAGGUCGUCUCAAAGGCCAGCGUGCCCAACCUCCCCCAGCACAUCUCGCUCAUGAACCGGACCCUCAAGCUGCACCAUCCCCACGUCGUCCAGAUGUACGACUGGUUCCAGUCCAAGGAGCACUUCUACAUGGUCCUCGAGCUCGCGACCGGCGGGGAGCUGUUUGACCACACCAUCACCCGGGGGAACUUCAGCGACCGGGAGGCCUGUGUGAUGAUCCACCAAGUCCUCGAUGCGCUCUUGUUCAUCCACUCCCAGGGGAUCGUCCAUCGCGACCUGAAGCCCGAGAACCUGUUCGUCCGCGGCUCGCCGCCCUUCGAGCCCCCGUACGACCUCGUGGUCGCCGACUUCGGCGUCGCCGUCUACAUCGACCGCCCCGACGGCUCCACCGCCGCCCUCCAGGGCAUCUGCGGCUCGCCAGGGUACACCGCCCCGGAAGUCUACAGACGACUGCCCUACGGGAAGCCCGUCGACAUCUGGGCCGUCGGCGUCAUCUCCUUCAUCCUCCUCUCCGGCCGAUUCCCCUUCGCCCAUCUCUCUGGCCAGGACUUCCUCAACGACUCCGACCAGGACAUCAAGUUCCCCAAACGCUUCGCCAUCUCCCCCGAGGCCCAGAACUUCAUCCUGGGAUGUCUGCAGACCGACCCCUCCAAGCGCUGGACGGCCGAGGAAGCCCUCGAGCACCCCUGGUUUGACCAGCUAGAGGAAGCGGGCGAGGAGGACGCAGGCGAGCGCCAGACGGCCGCCAGUGUCGCGGACACCGACCACACCCGGUGCGAGCAGCUGCACCAGAAGCUGGCCGAGCUCGACGACAAGCAGGUCGAGAGUCUCGCCCCCGCCCUCGCCGCCAGCCCCGACACCCUCCCCGCCACCCGCAUCUCAAACCUCGUCCCCCUCGACCGCCAGCAGCAGCACCAGCUCGAGCCCGACCACGAACCCGAACUCCUCCUCGUCCAUCGCUCACACACCGUCAACGACGAGCCGCCCAUCGUCGUCGAUAUCGUCCCCUGA